AUGAAUAAAGAAGAUGAUAAAGCGCAUUCUCCAUCUAAUAGUUCUUAAGAUAAUAAUUAAGAUUAUACUUAUUUAUUACAAUAAGAGUAUUAUGAAAAAUUUAAGUUGGGUUAAAACUUAAAUGAAUAAUCAGCCACCUUAUCAAGAAUAUCACUAGAAAAGACAAGUGAAGAUAAUAAUAACACUUUCACAUAUAUUCAUAUGAUAAAUAUGAAAGAAAGGUUAUCAGAUUAGAUUCUGAAAAAUCAAGUAGUUUUUUACUAGUUAAUUUUGAUUAGAUACUAGAGAAUAAAAUAGAUUCACUUUCUAAAGAAAUUUCAGGAGCAUUGAAUCAUGUUAAAUUGCUUUAAAAAUAAAAUGAGUUACAAUCUGAAUUAAUAAAGAGUGCAAAUAUAAAAUUACAAAAUAAAAAUAAAGUUAUUGAAUUAGAGAAAACCAUAAAUCAGUAACUUAAAAGCAAGAUUUCAGAAUUAUAAAAAUUAAAUACGUAUUUAUCAAAAGUAAAAUAGAAACUAUGCAGAAUAAAUGGAUACAAUGUCAUAAAAGAAUGAAUUUGCCAUUUUUUCAAAUUAUAAGAAUUCUGGAUUAUUUAAAAAUUCUAAUCAAUCAUAUAGUUCAUCAUAGAGAAAAUUAAAUUAAAAUAAAAUUCAUUAAGGAUUAACUGAAGAUUCUACUUUCAAGGAUACUUCAUAUAGUGAAUAAAAAUCUAGAGAUGUCAUUAGAUAUUCAUAGUCAACCCAAUAAUUUUACAAAUCUUCUAAUCUUUUAUCCCCUGUCUAAUAAAAAUCUCCGAAAUCAAAAGAUUAUGAUAUAGAAAAUAGAAUAGACUUUACUUUAACUGAAAUUAAAGCUAUCUAAUUAAAAAUUAAGUAAAUAAAUAAAAAAUGA